UCGCUUGCCUUGCUCUCUUUCCUGUCUUACUUUCUUCUCCGCUUUCUGCUUUUUGCUAGCUUCUGCCUACUGCAGGCUCGACAUUCUCUUACACCUUUGUACGACUUUAUUUGAUGAUGGAUGACUAGCUGCCCGGUUUGCAGCUUGAAAAAAGAUGGCUUAUGAAAGAACGGAGAAAGAGCAGAGGAGUUCAUGGGUGGCCAUGCAGUAUGGAUGCUGUGCAUCGAAAGGGGAUGUUGACGAGGGAAGGGCAGCGCUGAGGGCUACCGGGGAGUCCGAUAUGCGCAUCUGCUUCGAGCAGCCGCAAUGCAUACCCCAGCCUCGCGCUGAGCCACAAUAUACCCGCCCGCCAACCAGUCAGUCCAUGGGCCGCCACGUCUCGCAAUGGGUAUCCAGUAGUCGCGAUUUUGCUACACGUGCUUCAUCUCGCGCUAGCAUUUCGACAGUGACGCGACCAAGACGCUCGCAGUCGAGGCCUAGCAUCAGCCACCCUACGGAUUUCAGACGCUUCGAUGGCGUCGAUGGCAUCCAGUCCAUGGUUGAUGAUGCGCCUAUGCCUGUUCGUCGCCGUCGCAGCUUCCGACCUCUGGAGCUUUCAAUCUACCUCCCUGACGGCUGUGGUCGUCUUUCUCCAUUGCCUGACUUUGAAGAGAUCGAGGUUCCUGCGCAGGCGCUUGUUCGUGUGAGAGAUUCACGGACAGAUUCAUUAUCCUCAAAUCCUUCUUCUUCUUCGUAUCUUAUUCAACGGAAGGCUGUUGGCAGCGGUUCACGACGGAGCAGUGUGCAGAGCCAGUUGAGCACGAGUACGUCGACACAAGAGAGGAGGUUGAGUGGUACCACGAUGGCGACAAUGGCAACACCCACUCUCCCAUUACUUGCAGAAGAACCAAAAUCGUCUGCUGGAUCGUUCAAUGACCGUCCCAUGAUCCAACGCUCCCGUACUUCCGGCACGCUAUCACCAGCACGUGUCAUCUCCCGCCUUCCUUCUCCAUCCCGCAACCGUGCCAACACUGCGCCUUCUCGCCCCGGAAGUCUCCGCCGCACCAGGACGGACGUCGACGAUGCAAUCCGUGAACUGAAUACCAUCGUCGAAGAACGUCGCGCCAGUGCAUAUCGCUCUCAAACCCAGUCCCCAUCUCUAGUCAAUCCCCCUCCAACCUCAUCAAGUCAUCACGUUCCGUACAUCGCACCUUCGAUGCGGAUGCAUGUCAGGUCUGAGACGCUUUCGGAUAUUGGGUCUGCAUUCUCUGCACCGUUAGGGAAGCCGUUGCCCCACCUCCCAAUGACUGAGAAUGCGCCGGCUAGGAGGGCGACUAUGGGCCUCACACUAGCUCCGCCAACACGUUCCUAUACUGGUCCCUUGACUUCUAACCCCAUCACACCGCCAGCGCCUCAUACACCAACUACACCCAUCUCCCGUCUCGGAGCAUGGAUCAAGCGCUCUACCUCUACCAUCAAAUCCGCCUCUCGCCCCGCUACGCCAAAGACGGCAGAGUCAUUCUACCAGUACGAGCCCGCUCUACCCACUACAGCCUCACGGCCCUCCACAGCAGGAUCCCGCACCAUCACCCACACACGCCAGGAAUCCCAAGAAAGCAACGGUACCGCGACCGUGACGCUCUUUUCCUCCUACACCUCCUCGACACGUUCCACCUCCCCUUCUUCUGACAAGAACAACUCACCUCCCCACAAGGCCAAGCGCGUUCCUGCUCCUCUCAACCUGGCCAAGGAGAAGGAAAUCGCCAUCGAGGCUGCCCUGGCAAGCGCACGCAGCACUCGCAGCGUCAUGAAUGCGAAGCCGCCCAUGAGCCCGAACUUUGCGCUUCUAAGGGGAAUGGAGAUUAGCGCGAGGGAUGUUGGUGUUAAUGGGGAGAGGAGGAGCGCUUUGCUUGCACCGAGUCCCUCGGCCGUCGGCAUGGCUUUUUAGACGCACGGCAUACACAAACACAUUCUGAAUACUUAUCACUACCACUAACGAGGAAAGAGGAAAGAUGAUGAGAGAUUUGGGUUGGAAUUUUCAGGUAUUUCACAUGGGUCAAGGUGGAAUAGGAACAGAAAAUCUGGGCUGGGUUGGGUUAGGUUAGGGGGGAAAUGGGACUUCUUUCAGUGACCAGGCAUAUACCCUCCGACAAGCUCCCGCAAGCCGCAUCUCGCUAUUGUGGGAGCCCGGAUGCCCGGUGCACUCUCCUUUGCGUCUUUUUUU